AUGGAUAAUAUAUCACAGAUGACCAUGCUUGUUCUCGCUGGGUUCAACGGCACAGCAAACUACAGAGUCACGCUGUUAGCGUUAACCUUUUUGUGCUACUGUGUGAUUUUGCUGGUAAAUUUGACUAUUAUUCUGACAAUAAUUGUGGAUAAAAGCCUCCAUGAGCCCAUGUACAUCUUCCUGUGUAACCUGUGCAUCAAUGGACUUUAUGGAACAGCUGGAUUUUAUCCCAAGUUCCUGAAUGAUCUGCUGUUUUCCACUCAGGUCAUCUCUCAGGCUGGAUGCCUUGUGCAGGCUUUUGUCCUUCACUCCUCAGCUUCUGCUGAUUCUUCUUUUCUCGCUCUAAUGGCCUAUGACAGAUAUGUGGCCAUAUGUCGCCCCCUAGUGUAUCGCUCUGUGAUGACUAAGCAAAGAAUUUGUACGUUUGUGAUUAUUGCUUGGAUGGUUCCUCAUCAUCUGGUGUUGUUGAGCACAGUCACAUCAAUAUCAAGGUUGUGUGGCUCCAUCAUACCAAAGAUCUACUGUGUUAACAUUUUACUUAUUAACCUUGCUUGUUCUCCCUCCAUAGCAAAGACUAUUGUUCCAGCUGUUAACAGUUCUAUUUUUACAGGUCAUGCUGCCUUUGUUGUGUGGACUUACAUACAAAUGAUUAAGACCUGCUUAAAAUCCAGAGAAAACAUGAAUAAGUUCAUUCAGACGUGUGUGCCACACGUGUUUGCUCUAACUAUUUUCACUAUAUCUUUACUUUUUGAUUUGUUGUACACACUGUUUGGUUCAAAGAAUUUGCCACAACAUGCUCAGAAUUUCUUGGCAAUAGAAUUUCUCAUUUUUCCUCAAAUAAUCAAUCCGCUUAUUUAUGGAUUGAAAUUAACAAAAAUACGAAACCGAAUUUUGUUUGUACUAAAAGUUCUCAAACCAAAAGACAUUUUGAAACUAAAUCAACCUCAGCAGAUAUGA